CGGGCGGGCGGCGGGAGCGGCCGCGAGGGGCUCUGGGUCCCGCGGGCUGAGGCGCGGCCGCGCUCGCCCGGGAAGGGGCGCUGAGAGCCCUGAGGGCGACUCGGCUCCCGGGGCCCGCCGGCCUCCGCUGUCCGAGUCGCCUUCCCGCCCGAGGGGCACUUCCGCCGCCUCGAGGCCAUUUUACCUCCUCUCCCGUCCCCCGGGCCCGGGGUGAGGCGGGCGCUCCCGCGGCCGGCGGGACCCGGAGUCCGCCCCUUCGCUGCGCGCCCCGCCCCGCCCCGCGGCGCCCCCUCCCGCUCCGCGGCCGGCGGUUCUGCCCGGAAGGAGCGCCGCGCUCUGGACCUCCCUUCUCGCCGCGCAGUCGGUGGUCGCCGCAGCCGCGUGCCCCGGUGACUUCCAUUUUCACACGGUUGGUGCCUUCCGAGGUCAAGACCACUCCGAGGAACCACCGACAGACUUCCGUGGACUGGUCACGUCUCACCUUGGGACCCGGGUCCUUGCAAGGCUGCUCGUUGAGUUUCUUCAAGUCCUGUCUUUCGCGUGGGGAGCACAAGUCCAAGUUCUUGUUUUGGUGAUGUGUAAUUGGAGGUUUGGUCCCAAAGGACUCCGUUAAAAAUCCCGAGGAGCCGUGCUGACUUGGUAAAAACCGACUCCUGCACAAGGUGGACUAAGUCCCUGAGCGGGUUACGGUCCUGGAUCGUCCCUGCCGUUUUCCAUCCCCUAGAGGCUCGUUAAUCCCGUCGCCGGGAGGAUUCAAGAUGACCAACGAGGAACCUCUUCCCAAAAAGGUUCGACUGAGUGAGACAGACUUCAAGGUUAUGGCACGAGAUGAGUUAAUUUUAAGAUGGAAGCAGUAUGAAGCAUAUGUGCAAGCUUUGGAGGGCAAGUACACAGAUCUGAACUCUAAUGAUGUAACUGGCUUAAGGGAGUCGGAAGAAAAGCUAAAGCAACAACAGCAAGAGUCUGCACGAAGGGAAAACAUCCUUGUAAUGCGACUAGCAACCAAGGAGCAAGAGAUGCAAGAGUGUACUACUCAAAUCCAGUACCUCAAGCAAGUCCAGCAGCCCAGUGUCGCCCAACUGAGAUCAACAAUGGUGGACCCCGCGAUCAACUUGUUUUUCCUAAAAAUGAAAGGGGAACUGGAACAGACUAAAGACAAACUGGAACAAGCCCAAAAUGAACUGAGUGCCUGGAAGUUUACGCCUGAUAGCCAAACAGGCAAAAAGUUAAUGGCGAAGUGUCGAAUGCUUAUCCAGGAGAAUCAAGAGCUUGGAAGGCAGCUGUCCCAGGGACGUAUUGCACAACUUGAAGCAGAGUUGGCUUUACAGAAGAAAUAUAGUGAGGAGCUUAAAAGCAGUCAGGAUGAACUGAAUGACUUCAUCAUUCAACUUGACGAAGAAGUAGAGGGUAUGCAGAGUACCAUUCUAGUUCUUCAGCAACAACUGAAGGAGACACGCCAGCAGUUGGCUCAGUACCAACAGCAGCAGUCUCAAGCCCCAGCCCCAAGCACCAGUAGGACUACAUCUUCUGAGCCUGUAGGACAGGCAGAGGCCCCAGGUAAAGACUGCAGUCGGCUGGCCAACGGACCAAGCAAUGGCAGUUCCUCCCGGCCGAGGACGUCUGGGUCUGGAUGUCACAGGGAGGGGGACACCACUGAAGAUGGCUUUCCUUCUUCUCCAGGGAAUGGUAAUAAGGCCUCCAACAGCUCAGAGGAGAGAACUGGCAAAGGAGGUAGUAGUUACGUAAACCAACUCAGUGCGGGGUAUGAAAGUGUAGACUCUCCCACGGGCAGUGAGAACUCUCUCACACACCACUUAAAUGACACAGACUCCAGUCAUGACCCUCAAGAGGAGAAAACAGUGAGUGGGAAAGGUAACCGAACUGCGGGUUCCCGCCACAUUCAGAAUGGCUUGGACUCAAGUGUAAAUGUACAGGGCUCAGUUUUGUAAUAUUUUUCCAGCAAAUUUUUAUACAGUGUCAUUUAAUUUGGGAGAGGAUGCUAUCAGAAAAUUAAUGCAUACUUUUGUCACAAUUUGCCUUUUUUGGUGGGUGUGUUUUUUGUUUUUUUUUUUCUUUGCUUCAAUACCUCUGCCACUUUGGAAAUUGUAACAGUUAAUUACUUCGUUGCUAAAAGGACAUUUUGUGUAAGGUCAGGUUAUUUUUAUAUGAGUUUAAUGUGAAGUUGUAAAUGGAACUCUUUCCUUAAAGUAUAACACAAUGAUGUCUGUAUAAAUCUGUGUCUCUAGAACCUGUGCUGUGUAGGGCAUUCUUCCUCAUGCUGUUACUAUGCUUAUGCACCAUUCAGACUUGUUAGAGUAGAUGUGGGUUUAUGACUGCCACGUUUGCCCAGUACAGUAGUUUUAUCACUAAAAGUUGGACUUGAUGGAGUCCUAUGGUAGUUUCAGUGUUAGAUACAGGUUUUAUUUCCACCAUACAUCUGCAUUUUCUCUUUAGGGGACUGAAUGUUUAAGAAUUUGUGUGCAUAGUUACUCAGUUUUUAUGAACUGUUGUACCCUGUUCAUGCAUAUUGCUCUGUGACUCCAGUAUAUCUUCCCUGUACUGACCAAACCUAAAUAAAGAUUUUUAUUGUAACUCC